AUGGGUAGCUCGCCGUCAGGCGCCGCCGAGGAACGCGGGCUUGGCCCUCAAACCGGAACUGGAGGCAGUGCGGGAGGAGGACCCGUUGCCCAAGUCGAUGUGUCGCGUCGUGGCUCGUCGAUCCAAAAUCCAAUUGAUUUGGAUGCCUCGAGCGAACCAGCUCCUUCGCCUUUGCCGGAAUGGCUAACACCAGCGUCAGGAUACAGUGGCUUAUCCCCAUCCACGGCGUUUCAACCUCGAGCCUACCAAUAUCCUGAAGGCUCCACUGGAGCUAAUACGCCACGUCCCGGUGCCGUGGGUGGCCUACCCACAUCGCUAACACCCGAUUCUAGAACAAGCUACGACUCGCCAUCUCAGCUUUUACAAGAAGUCCAUACAUCUGGUGGUGGACCUAUCGAUGAACAGGCUAGUUCAGGGGAUCAAUCUCAGCCGUCCUUGCCGCCGGAGGCAAAGUAUCCCUUUGAUCCUUCGGGGGAUAGGAUGGAGCCGUGGCCAGCAGUAGAGAAACUUCUCCAGGAAAAUCCUGGCUCUUGCGAUCGCUGUCUCAUAACUCACGAGGGAGAUAGCCACAAGUCGGAUGAAUACCAUUGCAAUGAGUGCGGCGACAUGGUUUGCACUUUCAACCUUAAAAACGAAAGACCGACCGCGGAGGAAAGGUUUGGGGAAAAGUAA